AUGGGGGCGCAAAGUACCAUACAUUCCCUGCACCUUCAAGAUGACGGCAAAGGCAUGAUAUUCCGUGAACAUCUCGACGGUGCGCACCUCUACCCGGAUAAUGAACGGCAGACUGCACUCACGAAAUCCAGAGUAUUUCGAGGUUGUGUGAUGGGCGGUGCCUUUCUAUGCCCUCCGGCUGUACAACCUGUGCAGAGUAAUGGUGUGUACUGUGUUAUAUCCAUCAGACGCAUCAUUGACCUAAUUGAUGCCAAUGACACGUACAAACAUACCAGAGUAGACGACCAUCCGAAGCUGUUGGCACACAACUACCAUUUGCUGGUGUGCCCUGCUCCCCACUUCCUUGUCCGACAGACGAAUCUGGUCAUUCGUAGCCGUCCAUUCCGCCAACUGACACCGGCUAUGCCCGCCUUUCCUUCCUUUAUGUCCUUGUCAGGGCGCAACAAGAACAAGAGCAACAAGUCGCCAUUUAAGAUACGGCGCAUGAACACAACAAUCUCGCCCCACCCGUACGCCGCCCCCGCUGUAUUCGAUAUCAGCCAUGACAAGCGGACAUCGAUGGACUCCACGGUCUCCACGGUCUCGGAGGGAACAGAGAAAAGACCACGAUGUCCCAGGGCGCCAGAGAACUCGCAGAAGAUGAAAUUGGACAUUGACCUCUCUCUCGAACCUACGGCAAAUUGGUUUCCGGAGCAUCUCUUUCCAGGAGGUGAGGGUGAAGCAUCUGGUAGUAGUGGCAGUGGAUCGCGGCGUGAUUAUGAGCACAAUGUAAAACAGCCCCAGAAUUCUCAGAAGAAUUCCGCCACUGAUGAGGAUGGAGGCAUAUAUGGUGAUUCCGAGGAUGAGACGUCGGUCUCAUCCUCUAACUCCGACGAUAUAUUGGCAAAUCUGGAGGCGUUGGACGCAUCUCAUUUCGUCAACAUCGCAGGUCCGGCCAAUGAUAGAUCAAACCGAGUGCCAAUGUUGCACAAAAGAACCGCACCUACGCCCAUCAAGAUUCCUACAACAACUUUGCAUGGUCCGAAAGCCCAGCCUAUACGCUUAGCUUCUGCUUCGGACCGUCGGUCGCGUCCCACUUCUCAGAUUUCGUCAGUCGAAGAGCUAUCUGCUGUUUCAGGCUCUACCCUGGCGCGAGCAUUGCUAGCGAAUUCGUUUGUCCUAUCCAGUGAUAACAGAUUGUCCCGGCACCGAAGUGGCGCAUCCAGUCUUGUUCGCACGGAUUCUGCGACACUACCUCGGGGAGAACAUCCUUUCUUGAAUUCUCCAGCGAUCCGGGAUAGGACUCUCAGCUGGGGCAGUCAAUUUUCGUCUUCGGUUUCGCCUGCGUCCUCUGAGGUCGUUCCACCUAUCCCUUUCAAUGCGGAAUUGGUCUAUUCUCCACCAAGGAAUGCAAGGCCGGAAGCCAAUAAAUUGACGGACGCGCCUAAACGAGCUGGUACCGGAAGCAUCAUAGGAUUGUCUGACGACGUGGACCCCAACACAUCAGCCUCUCUUCCGCGUUCAAAUGGCCUGGCCACCACAACCUUGAGCGACCAUCAUUAUUCGGAGCCUUUGGAGAAGAUAAACGAGUCUUCUCCCGCUGAUCCUGAAGAGUUUUGUGACAAAGGGAUCAACCCGCAGCAGGAGGUAUCCGCAACUGAUGUGGUUGAAGAUGUCCUCGAAGACAUCCCUCUUCAACCGAGCUCUCCCCUUGCUUCGAGCGCAGUAAACGCAGCCCACCCAAUCAAGCCCGACUCCGAUCAUAAUGCUUCCCCGUCGCGCAGCAGCGUACAACAGCCUGUGUCUCCGUCCACAGAGGCUUCUGCCACAUCAGCAAAGGAUAUUGGAGCUGUGCUGGAUUAUUACGAACACUCUAUAUCCAAUGAACCUGUGGCGGAGAGCAACGAAUACAGAUUGCCAUUUUCUCCCAUCCCGGAAGAAUUAAGCUCUCAGUUGUCUCCUCCGUCUCCUUUCAAGCAGGACGCCAAGCCUCAUGCACUUUCCGGUAGUUUGAUUCUGAGUACAUCAACACCUUCUGCAUCUGGUUCUGGUCGAAUCGAAUGGGUCGCGCGACGUGACUCCAUACGUUCGGCAAACUCGUCUGAAGACAAUGGGAGCAGAUUGUCUCUCUUGCCCAUUGGUGAACGCCCACGUUCACUACAGUUGUCACCAAAUGCCUCUACCGCGAGCAUGUACACAAGUCCAAGUGCAGCGUGUUCGCCCACUUCCCACUCCUAUCCGCUAGUAUCUCCAACAGCCAAUAAUGUAAUCAAUCACCAACGAACGGGUAGCGCUCCAAGUCCCAUCAAAGUUAUUCGUGAUCUUAGGGACAUGGAUUCCUACCAACUUAUUGUUGCGCCUAUCGGAAACUCUGACUGCUCUGAUGGCGCGCCCAAUAGCGUUGGUAGUAGUUACGGGCAGCAAACAUUUCCCGAGACACCUGACCUUUCUAGUCCAACUUACAGUCUUGAAUCGGCGACACGUUCUGACUAUGGACAAGAGGAGUUCCUGCAUACACCUAUAUCCGCAGCGCUUCCAAGGGCAAAUAUGAUGCCCAGCAUUACCCAACAGGUGCUAUUGACGCGAGCUGCCUCAUCUGUCCACAGUGCUAGACAUUCUCGACGAGUCAGUAUAACUCGUGUACGGACUGUAGCGCCCUCUUUGGAUGACUUCGCCCUUGUUCCUGCAGACGCUCGUGUUCUUCCGCCGCUUUGCACCGGUGGUCAUAUGCGUGUACCCCAGGAUACUUUGUCACAUCCUUUACCUUCAAUUCUAGAUGAAAGUCCUGUAGGUCUUCAUGAAACGGUUAUGCCCACGGCCGUAUCAAAUCCCAAACCGGCUACGCCCCCCAUACUUCAUCAAGGUUCUUCCGAAAGCAUGUUAUCUAUCCUGUCUCGCCGGACGGGUACUGGAUCAACAAUAUCCUUGGAGACAGAAACUAAUUCAGACAUCCGAUUGUUGAAAGCAUUACCGGCCUUGCCCCCAUUGCCUCUACCUUCUUCUCAUUCCACACCUUCCCUCGUGACCCCAGACAUCGUACCCUUGCCGCCCGCUGCCUCUGACCUUGUUGAACCCCCGAGUACUCCUUCAGUUCGCCGUCUUGACCCCUCGCCUGGACCUUCUCCUUUCGUAACUCCUCUGCCAAUGCCUGCACCUGAAGCACCUCCACCUCCACCUGCCGUUCGUCGGAAUGUCUCUCCCCCUGUGCUUGUAGUACUGCCACAGCCGUCGUUACCUGUCCCAAUUCAAGGUUAUGGUAACUCGCCGGCUGUGAUCCAUGCACCCCCGGCGCCUGUAGUUCCAUCGCCGCCACCUUUACCCGCUCACCCAUACUCUGCAUCGCCACCGUCAGCUCGACCGCCUCGCAGAGAUCCCAUUUAUGCCGACCAUGAUAGUGAUGCCUAUAAGGCUUUAGGAUCCCCUCCCCCGUAUGAUUUCAUUGUCCAUAACCAUCCCAUCCCGAGUACAGGUGGACGUGAAGCCGGACCUGGACUGAUUUUGUCUGCGAGUAGCUCGCCUGCCAAUCUUAACGAGGACUCUGCAGUGGCUUCAUCGUCAGCUUCCAGGCGCAGGAGAACAAGGGCUCCGGCCGGACCUCGAGGUCCGUCUCAGCCUAAACGCGAUCGAGUGCCCUCCGUGUCUUCAGGGGACAGUGUCAACCGAAGAACAUAUUUUGUCGCCCUUCCGUCUCCACGUUUCCAGACGCCUACGCCGAAAUGGAGGGGCUACACAGUGGAUGCAGCGAAAUGGACAUUCCGUUCGUCUGAGCUACAAGCAAUAGUAUCUAAGGCAAUACGGAAGUCUGCUGAAGCAUCGUCUAUUCGGCUUUUGCAUCAAGGAGCAGUUGACCUCGAAAUUCCGGCUGAAAUGGAGAAGCUGGAGAAGCAAAGGAUGGACGUGAAAUCUCGAUACAAGAUGUUCACACGACGUCGCAUGGAACUUCUAGAGUCGUUAUCUGCAGUGGUUAAUCCCAACGCAUCUUGGGAAAAUCCGACCCUAGCUGUUCGUUAUGUCGAAGAUUUGAAGGACGUCUCGGUGGGGCUUGACAGGAUGGCGGAAGAUCUGCACAGCAUUGACCAGCAGAUUGCACAGUUGAACUCCCUGUGCGAGGUGCAUUUUGCCAGCGCGUUGGCGAUGGCGUUGAGGAAACUCAACUCCAGCUUCCUAAAGGAAUUUGCCCAGUCACAAGCCUUACGGGAGCAAGUUCAAAUUUUAGAAGCGGAGAAGAAUGAGGCCUGGCAACACGCAGAGAAUAUGGCGCAGGAUUUUGAUAACCUCAGUGAACGGGCGCAGCUCGGAUCACCCGAUAGCCAAGGCAAACGUUUUAGUCGUAUUUCGGCUGUUCGUAAGUCCAACGUCCGAAUGUCCAGGGCAGGUUUAAGAUCCGCUCGGUCGUCUAUUAUCAGUAAUAACAGACUGAGCACUUCGUCGGGCGCGAAAUCGACAUUUUCCGAAGAUGUACCUCCAGUUCCUCUCAUUCCUCGUCAGAGGCCCAACGAUAUCAUGACUAAUCUGUCCUCGAGGAUUUCUACGGGCAUUUCUACGGAUGGUAUAACGCCUAAUUCAGACACCAGAGCAAUGAUCCGAGCUCAUGAAGAGGUUUGUGAGAUGCUUGGCAUCACUUCCAAGGACCUCAAGCCUAGGAGAGCACUAUCACUCGUAGUACCUCAGUCUAAUGAUGAAGAAGCCAUAACACCUGAGCUGCGACAUGGACGUCGUUCUAGUUGCGACCGUCCAAGUUCAUUACCACACAGCGCGGGGCUCGCUCAAGUGUACAAGGCUAUGUCAGCGGAGCCUAACGGAAUAUUGGUAACUCUUGGCAUGCUCUCCGAUUCAAAGUAAAGAUGUUAUUUACUUAUUCGUUUAUCUAUCUUUGUUGUGCCACAUUCGUUUCGUUUCGAUACAGUCCAUUUAGUAAACUGUUCAUCUCAUGUUAUUAUGCUAUUCCUUCCUGAAGUGCAUAUACUGUAUUUUCAUUCGCUAAUGAUAAGUAUAUAUAUAUAUACGUACAUUGACAGGAGGAGUUACCAG